AUGAACUGGAGAAAAGAAGAGCAUACGACGAGAGAAUCAGAGAAUGAACUGGAGAAAAUGAACUGGAGAAAAGAAGAGCAUACGACGAAAAGAAUAUGUUCAGAGAAUGAACUGGAGAAAAGAAAAGCAUACGAUGAAAGAAUCAGAGAAGUAGAACACGGAUCAUUUUCUCCGCUGGUCUUCUCGACAGCGGGUGGUAUGGGUGCCACUGCAAACGUUGUCUACACGAGAAUUGCAUCCUUGAUCGCUGAAAAACACGGCAAGCCAUAUAGCAAGACAAUAAACUGGCUUAGGUGCCGACUUAGCUUUUCAUUGUUAAGAUCAGCAAUAAUAUGCCUAUGA